CAAGAUUGUGCUCAAGAAAGAUAACCAUCGUUAGCUUUCGCUAGAUAACAAACCAAACUUAAAAGUUUCGUGGAAUGCAAUCACCAACAAACAAAUAGAUUGACAUUUGUAGCAAAUAUUGAAUCAAUGUUCUUCUUUACUCCGACCUUUUCACCGACUAGGUACACCACAUAAGGACUUUCUCCGAUGGUACUUCAACGAUAAACUUUCCGAGUAAGCAGCAACUUUACAACGAAAAGUCCAUAAACGGACAAGCUCUGCAAAAUUUCAUCCCCACCUACAACAUAUGUUGGGAAGCAUUUUCUCCAAGGAACUGUCUACACUCUGAAAUGAUUUAACCCAUUCGGUCAGAAAGUUUCACAAAGGUUUUGAAGAUUUUUUUUUUUUUUUCAAAUAUUUUGAAUAGAAAAGUGGGACAACUUGCACAAAAUAAUUAUCGAUAUGUUUGAAUCUUAUCUUAUCUUACGAAUCUGCUGAUUCAUUUCAGAGUGUAUUCCCGAAUUCAUAUUCUAUAUAUUUAUUUAACGAUCCCUGUUUUAUCCUGUGAGUGGAUCUGCGAUGGAUGGGAGAGACUAUUUUUUCUGACAGGUGCCCUCGUUUGACGACCGACUAGGUACAAUGACGAUGAUGGGGCUUACAGAGCUCGCUUUCCGCCUUCUGUCGCUUCUGCUGUAUUCGUUCAAUUGAAGUGCUUUGUCGUUGACCUCGAAGGUGCCGAAGGAACGUAACAUGGCAAAAAUAGUAAUUUUAUGUGGGAAAUGUUUCCGCCCCUGUUCGGUUUUUUUUUUGUUGCAAGAAUGUUUCCCAUAGGGAGAUGGUAGCAGUAGGAACAGCAAUUCUCGAAACCGGUAAAAAGCCAGAUCGUAAACUUUAGGUGAUUUACUGUUGACUUUAGAGCGAGUAGUGUCCAGGAGAUUUGCCAUUGUAUUCAACAGGAUUUGUAGCAUCGGUUUCGAUAGUUUGUUUUUAGAGUGCCUAAAAAGUCAAGAAUUAUAAAAAAAGGCACUUUGUUCUACUCAUAAACCCCCAUUCACGUUACUUCUUUUUACGUAAUUCCUAUUUAAUGUGAUUCCAUUUACGUAAUAUUACUUCUGAAUGUUUGUUCAUUUGAGCAUACGUGUGACAUUCGCUUAGUACAUUACGAAUGUUUUGUAAAUUUGGAAAAUUGAAGCUUGUGUUAAGCCAAAGAAACAUCUAGAGGGUGAUGAUCUAAAGUCACCAGUAAUCAUCGGGAUUCUAUUUAUUAUUUCAAUUCAUACUCGUACAUGUCAACACCUCAGUGAGCGUAAUACUUCCAGAUACCAAGAAGCGAACAAACGGGAAUGUGAUCCCAAAAGCAUCGGUGCUCGAAGUUUCAUCGAUAUUUGAUAGUGUUACACGAUGUGAUGGAUCCUUUGAAGCUAUAUAGAUGAAACUUAUGACGACGACGACGACGACGACGAGGAAACGGCGACAUUGAGACUCGAGGGGGCGAAACAGAAGUGAAGAAUCAAAUCUCAAAAGCAAGAAAGUCCUCUCCGUGUAUGUGUGAGUGAAAGUGGGAGGAAAAGCAGGAGGGAAAAUGGACGACACCAGUUACUUUAAGAGUGGGGGUGCAAGUGGUGCUGUGAGUGCCGAUGAAAUUGGAGCAAGUGGUGGUGGGGGUGGUAAUGCCGGUUCGGGUGGAGCUUCGGGAGUAGGCUCUUCUGCCGGUACCGGCGGCCAUAGCAGUGAACGAGAUAGAUGCGCCUCCCAUGGAUCAGCCUCCGGCAACAUUCGUCGGCGGAGCACCAGCAACAGCUCUGUCAACCGAAGGACCCUUUCAAAAAUCUCCAACCUGGUCCAGCACCGGUCCGAGCAGCAGCACCACACCUCGGAGCGCACGAUGCGGGCCAUAGGGCGGGUUGGCCAGGCCGUCAACCUGGCCGUGGAACGGUUCGUGACGGUGGGCGAGACAAUCGCAGACGACAAUCCAGAAAUCAAGCAGGACAUGUACGAUGCCUGCAAGGAGGCACGAGCAGCUGGCUCAUCGAUAGAGCGUUUAUGUGAUAUUGCGGCAACGGAUCCGGUGGGAUACUCGCCCCGGCCUAAUCCGAUUGACGACAGAGGACCGAUGAUACGGGCGGCCCGGACCUUGCUGAGCUCGGUGACGCGGGUUCUGCUGCUGGCCGAUAUCGUGGUCGUUAAACAGUUAUUAUUAGCCAAAGACAGGGUAGCUAGAACUUUAAGUAGAUUAGAAUCAGUGGCCAAUUUUACAGAAUUCGUGAAAGCCUUCUCAGUAUUCGGCGCUGAGAUGGUGGAGCUGGCGCAUGUGACAGGUAAUCGACAGAACGAUCUGAAGGACGAACGGCGGAGAGCGCAAAUGUCGUCGGCACGACAGGUACUGGAGCGAUCGACGAUGAUGUUGCUGACGUCUUCUAGGACGUGUUUGAGGCAUCCCGAGUGUCCCCACUCCAAGGAAAACCGUGACACCGUUUUCUGCCAAAUGCGAAGAGCAAUGGACUUGAUACACUAUGUGGUGAAAGACGGCAUUCUGGAGACGGCUAGCGAACGAAAUGCGUUACGACAGGUUCCCGAAUGGGAUUCGGAACGGGCGACGGCCUUCACCUGCCUGCGGCACUUUUCCCGCCUCAUCGAGAUGUCCCGUCCGGAUUACGAGCGGCGCAGUGCCGGCAGUAAAACCAGUUCUUCCAUGACGGCAGCCGUCGGGCCACCUCCCCUUGGUGCCAAAGAUUGUGUUUCGCCGACCGCCGUGCGCGACAAGGAAACCGGAAUCGAGUACCGGCGAGAGCUGACGAGGCGGAACAGCGAGCGCGAUCGCGACAGAAAUUCCAUCGGUCAUUCCAGAGAGUAUAGUACUAGGGAACGCGAGUUUCCCAAAUAUGACAAUAAAUCUGAACUAGGGAUCUCAAUAUUUUCCUCCGAUACCCGGGAGCAGCUGCUGGCCGCACUCGACAAGGUUUGUGAAAAGACUCAGGACUUUACCGAUUCGGCGUACACGAGUCACGACUACCGGGAGAACAUUCUGCUGCUGUGCGACCGUGCCAAGCUGGAGCUGAACCAACUGAUGCGAAUCGCCGUCAGCAUGGAGCAGUAUCCGAACGCAUCCUACGACAUCGAAAGCGCCAUCGAGAGCGUCCUCACGGCGGCGCAUGACCUCACGACGCAGCUCACCCUGACAGCGCAGGACCAAUCGGCCGAGCUGUCACAUAUCAUCAAGGCUGGCAUCGACAUUGCCAACUCGCUCAGGAACAUUGCCUUAAAUCAGGAGAUCGACCGGUUACAGGAGUGCGCCGAUCGGUUUCACGAGCAUAUCGAUCAUAUACUGGAGGUAUGUAAACUGCUGCGACAGAUAGCUCUGACGGAAACGCUGCAGGUGCAAGCCAAGUUCACCGAAAUCAACGUGAGGAUCUACGGGCCGCAGGUGAUCACAGCGGCACGGGCUCUGACGUCGCAUCCGGAGAGUAAACACGCCAAAGAUAACCUCGAAGUGUUUGUCGAUAUGUGGCAGUGGCUGUCGACGGACGUGACCACCAUCACCAAGGAGGUGAUCGACCUGGCACAGACAACGAACAAAACCGACAAAACCACCGAGUAUCUUAGUCUUCCGAGACCUGGGAAACAUGGAACCACAUCGAAACCGCUGAAGCCAACGCGCCUCGACUCGGAGGAGCAGGAAAAGAUUGCCAAAACCGGACUGGAGAUGAAGAUGGUCACCAACGAGAUGGACGCCGAGACGGACAAGUGGAACGGGGCGUCCGAGGAGAACAACGACAUCGUCAAGAGGGCGAAAAACAUGUCGGCGAUGGCUUUCUCGAUGUAUCAGUUUACCAAGGGCGAGGGAACCCUCCGGACGACGCAGGACCUGUUCACCCAGGCGGAGUACUUUGCCGAGGAGGCGAACCGACUCUACAAGGUGGUUCGCCAAUUUUCCUACCAAGUCCCGGCUGGUGCCCCCAAGAAGGAACUGCUAGACCACCUGGACAAAGUGCCAACCUACGUGCAGACGUUGCAGUUCACCGUCAAGGAUCCGACCGUGGGCAAGGCCGCUACCUUCGUCAAGGUCGAUCACGUCAUCCAGGAGACGAAGAAUCUGAUGAAUGUGAUAUCGAAGGUGGUUUCGACCUGUUUCGACUGCGCCAACAAGAUCUACGAAUUGACCGGCAUGCCCUUCGACAACCGCUUAAUCAACGUUCCGUCCGUCGUGACUCCCAUCGAAUCGUCAUCGUUGGGCAGAAAGUCCACCAAAGACAAGGUAACGACGGCUGCAGUAUCUGGCUCGGAAGUAGACAAACCGUCCUCCGCUUUGCCCCGGAAUCGACGGAAGUUUGCACUGUCAAAGUAUCGCUAGCGAAAGGGAGAGAGAGCGAAAGACGAUCUCCAACACGAAAGUGAACACAAAAAGACAAUCCUAGGCACCCACCUGUUGUUGCCCCAGGGUCCUUUCACACUCAAUAACUCAGUCCCACCUGUCGUGUAGACCAAAUUAAUCGUUCACUUCCAUCAUCACCACUCGAUCCCGUCCAUCACGGAUCUAACAGUCACGGAAUUCUCUAACUGUUCUCAACUUCGGUACAAAUAGGGUGACUUGUUGCAUUUUCGGCAGCUUUUAGGUCAUGGGAUAUUUAUGAAGCAUAUUUGGGCUCAAAACUUGCAUCAAUAUCUUAAGUAAAGAUGUGCAGUGUCAAAUUUCACACCAUUUGGCAACAACGAUUACAUAAAUACAAAAUUUCUCCUCCUUAAACUAAAUCAAAAAUGUUGGUAGCCAUUAGAAUAUUGAGUGGUUUUUACGGUUAUCACUAGACAGUUAACAGAAAAGAAUCUGCACCAAUUUUGUGCUCACUAAUCGCUUUCUAAGGUUAAGCUGCAUGUCUGGGCAGAAUAGGGUUUUUGAGGAAUAUUAAAAUUAUUUUAUUCUACAAUUUGUCGUUUAAAAUUGUCUUCGAAACGAAACUUUUAAGAACUUUUAGCAUAUGGAUAUUUUGAAGAGUGUCAUACGAUUUUGUUCUUAUGAGAAACCAAUCUUGUCCCAAAUAUGGCUUCC